AUGCAACAGCCAAUACCACGAGGUAAUAAACAAAAGACUACUCAACCAGUCAUAAUAACAACGAAUACUAAAUUCACUCCUAAAAUAUCAGAGCGAACAAUUCAAAAGAGAAAAGAAGCUAAAGAAAACCGAUACAAACGAUCAAAAUUUGCAAGUGGCCUUGAUUUAGUUGGCCUCAUAUGUCUAUAUGGUUUUUUAAUUCUUUGUGUGUUAAUUGGUGCAGGUGGAAUAGCUGUUUGUAGUAUUUAUUUUAAUGACGAUGAUAGUACCAAAGGAUGGAAAAUUGCUGGUAUUGUACUUGGUGUUUUAACAUCUAUAAUUGGUGUUAUUUUAAUUUUAAUAACUAUAUUUAAACAAGCACGUAGAAGACCAUGGCAAUAUAAAAAACAAAAAACUACUCUUAAUAUAGAUGAUUAUUAUGGUGAUAUUGGUGAUGAUAGUCAAAUAGAUAUUGAAAAUCUACCUGAUAAUUCAACACAAAAUAAUAGUAUUAUUCGUCAAGAUCCAUUGGAAGAAAAAAAAAAUCUUUCUCAAUCUGCUAUAAUUCAUUCAACAUCUGAAAUUAAAACACGUGAAACAGCUUCAUCACCAAUACGCAAUCAAUCAAUUGAACCUUUACAAUUACAAACUAAUAAUAAUGAUCUUAUAUUUUGUCCUGGUUGUAAUCGUUUACAUCCAAGAACACAUCAAUGUAUGUAUUCAACACGUAAAGUUGAUGGAUUUUCAACACAAAUUCGACCUAUGUCACAAGUACCUCGACAAGAGUCAAUUGCUAUUCAAACAGAAGGCAAUGAUAAAAAGACAAAGAAAAUAGGACCACAUACAGUUAUUGAUCGUUCAUUAAAAUAUUCAAAUACUACUCAAACUCAAACAGAUGUUUCAGCUAAUCCACGAUCAAAUAUAACAGAAAGUAUUAUUUUACGACGUGUACCAAUACCAACAGCUAAAGUUAUUGUACAACAACCAACAACAAAAGUUAUGAUUGUUAAAGUGCCUAAUACAGCUGGUCAACUUGUUAUUCAACCGAAAACAGGAUCAAGUGAUGAACAACCAAAAUAA